AUGCCAUGGAGAGCGACUGCUUUGAUCGGCCUUACUCUGAAUUUAGCUGCAUCUUUUCGGCCAGCCAUCGAGACGGAGGCAGAGAUCCUCUCGUCGAGCGACUCCGUAGACCGAAAUACCUCGGACUUGGAUGCCUGCCUCACGGAGCAUCCCGAGAUGCAGCGGGCAAUGCAGUCAGGUGAUGUGGACGCCGUGCGCGUCCUCGGUGCAGAGCCCGGGACUGGCCUGAGCUUGCUCUGCCUGAGUGGCAAAGCGGUGACGCCGCUGGAGCUGGCGGUAGGAGGAGUCAGAGGCACUGCAGGAGCCGCUUCUGGUCUGGCGCUGGCCGGCGCGCUCUUCGAGGCUCCGGACUCCGAAUUGGCAUUGGGCUUGGCACGGCUGCGGAGGCGCCUACAAGCAGAAGCCGAAAAGCUGCCGAAGCUAAACCGCUACUGGGAUCCUCAAAACCUGUCCGACGGCCUCGACACUCUCCGAAGCCUGGUGCCCAGAGCGCUUCACCCGACACCAGAGGAGCAAGCCACCUUGGGGGACAUUCCCCACAAUUGGAUUACUUACUAUCAGAUAAAGAUCAUGGGCGCCAACGCGCACAGCAGUCAAAAUGCUUCAGUGCGACGAGAGAUGGAGUUGCUGCUGUCCGCCCAAGGCUUCGAUUCCUUUGCAAGAAAUUAUUCUUUGGGUGCCAUACUGCUGGCCCUGAUCCUUCUGGUGUUCGGUUUGCUGGUCUAUGUCUCCUUCCGACUUCGAGUCUUUGGAUGGUUUGAAGUUCCCAUCUCGAUGGCCGAAAUGCUUCCAGGAGCCUUCAGUCCUGUGCGCCUGGCAGAUCCAGACUUCGAUCCCUGUCGCCAGAAAAAGCAGCUGCCCUAUCGCUACGUGAAGGGCCAGUUGAUUGCCCGACCGAUCUCGGCGUGGGACAGUCUGGACAGCUUCUUUCAGGCGGUCUUUGGCGCCUAUGCUUCCUGGCUCCUGCUUUGCGUGCGCAUCCCGCCCGAGAAGGACACCUUUGAUGAAGAGUAUCUCACUGACGAUGACGAGGAAUGUCGACUCAAAGUGCGGGAUAUCUGUGCAUUCAGAGCGAAGAAUGUGGGGACAAUCGAGGUGAUCUUCAGGGCUCUGUGCUUAUUUGCGUUGGAGGCUUGGCUGCUUUGCUAUGCAGGGCGAUAUGGUGAUGCCUUCCUCCUCAAUCUACUGUAUGUGUGCUAUGCACGGAUGGCCUCAUGUGUUGCUGCAUGCAGCAUCCCGACACCCAUGCCUGAGAAGACAGACUGUGAUGCUGAGCUCAUGCCGGGGCAAGAGAUGGAUGCAGCAGGGGCCGUCACUGCCGUUUUCGGUGUGCAGCACGGCCCACGCUGGGCCAGGGCGCAGUGCACCACCCGCAGCACCGCCGCACCCAACAAGACCAAAAAGCAGCGACGCCUGCUCCGGAGGCGCGAGACAUCUGAGAGGGAAAAAGCUGAGAGGGACAAGCCAGACAGCGGUGCUGAGCUGGAAUCCAAGGAGGCCGAGUCACCCAAGGAUAGGUCGGAUAGGCACGAGGAAGCAGAUGGAGGAUCUCCGCACUCAGGGUCGGAGGUAGGCGGGAGUUUCGGCGACAAGUUUCAACAGCAGCUGAUAAAUGCAGGUAUCAUGCAUGUAAAUCAUGCAGCAUUGCUUGAGCAUUCUGUGCUCAGCAUGGUCAGCUGCUUCUUGUCUGUGCUGUUCUUGAUGCACCUUCGCUGGACCUUCACGAGCAAUUUCAGAGGCUUCUACGGUGCCAGUUCACCAUUGGAGCUCAUACAGGCUUACGGCCUCCCCUACUCCGUGGACAGGCUCAUGGCCAUAACAGCUGAGGUUUUGCUCAUGUGGUUUUGCUUUGAGCGUCUCUACGACAUCUCCAGUUUGCUGCACGUCGCAAGCCUCUCCCUGCGGCAGCGGAGCGCGGCCCUGCGCUUCAUGCGUGAGCACCAGCCGCCCUGGGCCACCGGCGUACGGGAGGUGCCCCUAGAGCAGGCCAUCGUCUACUGCGAGGAGGUCGUCCGCUGCAGUGACUUUGCCUUGGAGCUUUCCGAUGCACGAUGGCAGAUCUUGCAUAAGCCCGUGGAGGUUAUCGUGUCCAUGACGGAAGCUUUGCUGUUCCUGGCCUUUCUGCUCAUCGCCCUCCCCUACCUGCCCUUGCUUUCCUCUUUGCCCUUGCCUGCCUCCUUGCGAUCCUCUCUUCCCUUGCUGCCCUCCUUGCGAUGCUCCCUGCCCUUCCUUGAGCCCAUCCUGGACCCUGUCAUACCCCUGACCGUUGCGCUCGCGGUCGUCUCGCCCGCCGUCCACGCGCUGCUCCAGGCGCACUUCGCCAACACGGAGGUCGCACGACAGCGGGCGAUACUUCGCAGCAAGGCCGAAGCGGCACUCUCCUCAGCAAAGGAGGAGGAGGAUGUCCCCUUUGUGCAGCUGCGGAAUUCUUCCAGGGAGGCUUUCGCCAAGGCUACUCUGAGAUGGAGCUCCGGAAGAGCCCUCGGCCUUCUGGAGCCUAUCCUCUUGCUCUACUUCGCCUUGACCGUCGUAGGGCUUGCCGUCGUCACCAAGCUCAACUUCAUCAUCAUCUAG